CCCUCUUCUCCCACGACGCCGAUCCCCCGUCGCCGCCGCCUCAUUUCCUUCCAGUCCGAAUCCUUCUUCCGUCCUGCUCGGGCGUUCCGACCAGCGUUGCUCGCUUCUCGUCACUCCCGCCGGCUGCUGCUCUUGGCCGCACCGCGGUAGAAUGGCUUCCCUCUUCAACAAGAUCCAAGAGGCGAUCAGAACAAUUGCUAAGAGCCCCAUGUUUGCUCGUGAUCCAAGGCAUCUUCAAUUUGAAGCUGAUGUAAAUCGUUUGUUUCUCUAUACGAGCUAUUCUCGUCUGGGGGAGAAUGCUGAAGAGAAGGACGCAGAGGAGAUUAUUGACUUGGCUAGCAAAGCUUCUGUUGCUGAUCAGCAGAAACAAGUGCAGGAAAAUGUUCAUUAUCAACUUAGGCAUAUGUGCCAAUCAAUGGAUAACAUUUUAUGCCCUGAUACAACAAAUGAUCCGUCAAAGGAACCUUCAGAAGCACAUAAUCAUUCUCGGCGUAGUGGAUUGAGUUUUGCCGUUGGUGGGGCUGCAUCUACAAACAAGCAAAGUGCAGUUAUCCCUGCUACACGACCUUUGACUCGAGCAGAAUUGUCAAAGAAAUUCAGGGAUCAUUUUGGGUACACCCUUGACAUCGGACCAUCUGGAAUUCCUCACAAAGAUGCAGGCCAAGGUCUGUUCUUAUCCGGAAAAGCAAAUGUUGGUGCUGUCCUAGCCAUCUAUCCUGGUGUUAUAUAUUCACCUGCUUACUAUCGAUAUAUACCUGGAUACCCAAGAAUUGAUGUUUGCAACAACUAUCUGAUCACAAGAUAUGAUGGAACAAUAAUUGACGCAAAACCAUGGUAUUUUGGUGGUGAAACAAGAGAAUUAUGGGAUGGUUCAGAUUUGGUGGAUUACAAUGCUAUGCCACCUAAAGGCUCAGAGAACAACUCUGAUCGAGUGUGGAGAAUGCUUAGCAAGCCUCUAGAGAAAAGUGUAAGGGAAAAUUUUGGUGAAGUGCUUGAACGACGAAAUCCCCUUGCUUUUGGUCAUUUUGCAAACCAUCCACCUAAAGGUUCAAGUCCUAAUGUCAUGAUCUGUCCAUACGAUUUUCCCUUGACAGAGAAGAACAUGAGAGUAUACAUCCCUAACGUUACGUUUGGUGGUGAAGAGACCAUUAAGAUGAAGAGGUUUGGCUCCUUCUAUUUCAAGUCUGGAGGUUCUGAUAAUCAGGCUGGUGAUUCUCUAGUGCUGAAGACGCUAGUGCUAGUGAGUACAAGGUCCAUCUGUGAUGAAGAACUCUUCCUUAAUUACCGUUACAGUAACUCAAAGCGACGGCCAGAGUGGUACAGCCCUGUCGAUGAAGAAGAGGAUAAGAGGAGAUGGAGCUAGUUUAGCACUUAUAUACCAUUGUUGUUGUGCAUUUUUUUUUGCUAACUUUCUUAGUUCUGUUUUUCUUUUCUUUUUUCGGAAAUUGCAACUGAGCGUGGUAAGCUCCUGAGAUCGAGAUGACAGUUUUGCCUUUUUUUUUCUCAUUUGCUAUGACAGUAGUUUGGUGUCACAAUUAUCAUCAUGAUAAAAGUGGAGCUACUCAUGUAAGCUCUACUCUCAGGUCCUUGUCGAUAAAGGAUUACAUUUGUUACUCCUUUUAUGCGUGCCUGUCUUAAUGGUCUAUGGAAGAUAAAUAAUUUAUGUAUCUAUUGCCUGAU